AUAUUACAAUAUUUAACACACAAGUUAUACGUAGCUGAAAACGCUAAAAAAUACCAAGUGCAAAAUAUAAAUAAACAAACAACAAAAUAUUAUUAACAACACAUAUUGCAUAUUGUGUCAAAUUACCCAUAUAAGAUAAAGAAAAAAAACCCACAAGAUUAAGUGAAAUUUUUAAUUAAAAUUUAGAGCAAACGCAAAAUCCGUCAAAAUUCAGCAAAAUUUGAAAAUGUUACACGAGGCGCUGAUGCUCGAGAUCUACAGACAGGCGCUAAAUGCCGGCGCCCUGCCCACAGCACGUCCACGUUCCACGGAAUCGGCGAAUUCCAGCGAGCGCUGCCCUUCGCACGACUCCAAUUCCUCGGACAACGGUGGCCAGCGGGACGCAGGGAACAUGUCGGGGGGCGUGCUGCCGGUGGUGCCCACCACAAUGCACUCAACAUUCCCAGCGGUGCCGCAGUCGCUGCCCGCCCAGCCCUCCUCGAUGGAGGCCUACCUGCACAUGGUAGCUGCCGCCGCGCAGCAAUACGGCUUCCCGCUGGCCGCGGCCGCUGCGGCCGGUCCGCGGCUGCCGCUGCCGCUGCCCAGCGAGGCGGCAGCGCCGUUCAAGCUGCCGCCACAAGCGUCGCCCACCGCCUCGAGCAGCAACUCGGAGGCGCUGGACUUUCGCACCAAUCUGUAUGCGCGCGCCGAGUCCGCGGAGCCCGUGGCUUCCGAGGAGGAGGAGGAGUUCGAUGACGGCGCCAACAAUCCGCUCGACCUGUCGGUGGGCACGCGCAAGCGCAGCCAUGACGCAGAGAGUCCCGUUGGCCAGAUUCAGGUGAAGAAGAUGUUCAAGUCGGAUAGCCCGCCCGCCAAUGCGUCGCCAGUAGCGGCCGCAGCUCCACUGAUGCCCGGCGUCAAUCCCUACCUGGCCGCGGUAGCGGCGGCCAACAUAUUCCGGGCGGGGCAGUUCCCGGACUGGAAUGGCAAGAAUGACCUGGUGGUGGAUCCGCUGGAGAAGAUGUCGGACAUUGUCAAGGGCGGUGCAGGUGGUGGUGGCUCUUCGGGGCUGCACAAGGAGAAGCAGCAGAGCAAGGCGACGCCACCGGCAGCAGUUGCACCGCCGCCCAAGAGUCCUGCGCAUCAAACGGGCUCCGGCAGCGGCAGCGGCAGCGGCUCCUCCGGCUCGAAUAACACAGCCGGCGAGGGCGGCGGCGGCGGUGGCAGUGGAGUGACCAAGGCGCGCCACAACAUCUGGCAGUCGCACUGGCAGAACAAGGGCGUGGCCAGCUCGGUGUUCCGCUGCGUGUGGUGCAAGCAGAGCUUCCCCACACUCGAAGCGCUCACCACGCACAUGAAGGACAGCAAGCACUGCGGCGUCAAUGUGCCGCCCUUCGGCAAUCUGCCCAGCAACCAGCCGCACCACCAUUCCACUGGCUCGGGACAGGCUGGCGGCCAUCACCACCACCAACAGCAGCACCACCACCAACAGCAGCAGCACCAGCAGCAGUCGCAGUCCCAGCAGCAGCAGCAGCAGCGCAAGCAGUCCGGCAGUCAGGCGCCCUCGGCGAACGUGAAGAACGCGUUCCAGUAUCGCGGCGAUCCGCCCACGCCGCUGCCCCGCAAGCUGGUGCGCGGCCAAAACGUAUGGCUGGGCAAGGGCGUGGAGCAGGCGAUGCAGAUACUCAAGUGCAUGCGGUGCGGCGAGAGCUUCCGCUCGCUGGGCGAGAUGACCAAGCACAUGCAGGAGACGCAGCACUACACGAACAUACUCUCGCAGGAGCAGAGCAUCUCCAUCAAGUCGGGCAAUGCGAACAACGACCACGGCAAGGACAGCGGCCAGAACAGCCUCAGCUCGGAGGAGUCGCGCACCCUGUCCGCCGUGCUCACCUGCAAGGUGUGCGACAAGGCGUUCAGCUCGCUGGGCGACCUCAGCAAUCACAUGGCCAAGAACAAUCACUAUGCGGAGCCGCUGCUGCAGUCGGCGGGCGCUCGGAAGCGGCCGGCGCCCAAGAAGCGAGAGAAGUCGCUGCCGGUGCGCAAGCUGCUCGAGCUGAAGGCCAAUCCCGAGGAGCAGCCACUGGAGAAGCCCAAGCCGGAGAAGUCCGAGGCAGCGCUCUUCGCGGAGCGCAUGCGUCAGUAUAUAACGGGCGUGAAGUCGCCCGAGGAAAUUGCCAAAGCCGCCCAGCUGCUGGCCAAGAACAAGUCGCCGGAGCUGGAGCAGAAGAAUGGAGGAGCCAACGCCGGCAAUGCGGGCUCUGCUGCCGGCACAGGUUCGGGCAAAGCCGGCUCCUCCUCGGUGCUGAGCGCCAUCGAGCAAAUGUUCACCACCAGCUUCGAUACGCCGCCGCGGCACGCCAGUCUGCCGGCGAGCAGCCCCUCGAACUCGUCCACCAAGAACACCUCGCCGGUGGCCAGCAGCAUCCUGAAGCGGCUGGGCAUCGACGAGACGGUGGACUACAACAAGCCGCUGAUCGACACCAGCGAUCCCUACUAUCAGCACUAUCGCUACACGAGCAGCGAGCGCAGCGGCAGCGAGUGCAGCGCCGAGGCUAGGCCGCGCUUGGAGGCUCCAACGCCAGAGAAGCAGCAGCCGUCGCAGCAGCAGCAGCAGUCGACGUCGACGUCGCAGUCGCAGUCGCAGUCAGUGGAAGUGCCCAUCAAGCAGGAGCCAGAGUCGAGUCUCAAAAUGGAAAUCAAGUCUGAGCUGAGCGAUGAGCCGCAGGAUCUGGCCGCUGCUUCGCCCAAAAUUGAAGCCGAGACGCCGUUGCUAAAUGGCAACUACAACAACAACAACAACAAUAGCAGCAGCAGCAACAACAACAAUGGCAACUCACCCAAAUCGUCGUCUGCUGCCGGCAGUCCGCAGUCGUCGCGUCUGCCGCUGCCGCCGCGCAGCCCAGCGGACAGUCAACGCUCGGCCACGCCCAAAUCGCCCGCCUCCAGCCACAAGUCGUACGAUGGCAGCGACAGCAACGCCAAGAAAUACCCCAGCGACUCGCUCAACGCCCUCUCCUCCAUGUUCGAUUCGCUCGGCAGCAGCGGCGCCGGCGGCGGCAGCGGCGCAGCCAAUACGCGCGCCAAGCUGGCAGCGGCAGCGGCAGCAGCCGUCCAAGCCGGUGGCGAUGCAUCCGCGCCGGAGAAUCUGAGCGCCAGCAACUCGCUGGCGGCGCUGCGCCAGUUCUGCGUGAAGAAAGAGAAGACCGCCUAAAGCGUGGGCACGCCAAGAAUUUGCCACCGAAAAUAUUUUUUCGUUGUUUCGAACAAAAUCAAGAUUUUUUGUCAACCUUUUUGUUUGCCACGCUUGGCCAGCCGCGGCGCCUCCCCUAGUCGGAGGCGUGGCGCGGCGGCAAGGUCAAGCGAGACUCUUCUUUGUACGCACUCAGCGAAGACCACAAAUCAAGCCACACACACACAUAUAUAUUUAUAUAUAUGUAUGCAUAUAUACAGUCUAUCACACGUAUAUAUAUAUUGCGAGAUCGAAAGGACAUUUCGACGAAUCGCAGCGCGUCGCGGCAGCGGCAGCGGCAGCGGCACAGACAGCCCCAGCCUGCCGCCCAUCGAGCGCGCCACGCCCACGCAGCUUUGCCAAGCAAUUGAGCCGACUUUUUCAAGAAUCGUUUUCAUCUGCGCCUCGUGACAUCCUUGAAAGACUGCGGCAUCUGUUUUGCUGCUGUGGGCGUUUCUCUCUCUCUAUUUCUUUAAUUGGCCCCAUUGCCCAAAAAUCAAUUGAAAUUUAUGAUGAAAAUAUUCAAAAUGUAAGAAAACGUAUAAGGAAAAGCCCUUGUCAGGGCUGCCAAAUUCCUGGGCAAAGAGAAUGAAAUUGGAAAAAAAGAAAACAUGAA